ACCACCCCCUUAAAUACCCAAAACCCAACCCUAACCCUAGUCUCUGCAUCGUCCUCAUCGUCGCCGGAGACCAAUUCAGCAAUCACCACCAUCCACAAUCACAAAUGGGUAAGGUUCACGGAUCGCUGGCUCGUGCCGGUAAGGUGAGAGGGCAAACCCCAAAAGUCGCCAAACAAGAUAAGAAGAAGAAGCCCAGAGGCCGGGCGCACAAGCGGAUGCAGUACAACCGCCGUUUCGUCACCGCCGUGGUCGGAUUCGGGAAGAAGAGAGGGCCCAACUCAUCCGAAAAGUAAUUCUAGAAUGUAAGAAGUUUUUGUGGGUGGAGGCCAUUUGGUUUGGCCUCCCUCAAGCUCUUUGUUUUUCGUUCUACUUUUGCUUCUUUGAUUCAAGAACAAUGUGUUAGGUUUAGUUUGGCAUUUUCAUAAUUGGAUGUGUUGAUUUGAAUUUUAUUAUGAUUUUCCAGUUUACUGGGAAAUGGCAUUCUUUCCUAACAAGAACACUAUCUUGUUUAGUGGUA